AUGCUUUUGAAGUUACUAAUAUUAUCCGCUUUGUCGAUGAUAUCAACGUGUCAGGAAGUUAUUGCGCACGAGAUUCCGAAAUUCAAACGAGGAUGUAAGUCUUCUAAUCUUCUGCACAAUUCGCUUUUCAUUCCCUUUUCAGCCAUUGAAUUGGUGGACGAAACAGCGCUGACUAAUCCGAACUCGUUUGACUAUGAUUUCUCGGAUGAUCUGAACCAACCAGUUGAUAAGGAAGACUUGUACGAUCAGUUCAUUGAUCAGUUGCCCAUGUUUCACAUUUACAAAUUGGGAAUCGAUCGGGGAGUCACCGAGGUACACAUAACUUUCUUGGGAACAUGUAAAGUCAAAAUAUUUGGUUGAGGUCCCUAUUGUGACUCGACCAGGCGAUACUUGGUUCACUCCGUCCACUUUGAGUAAUCGCGAACAAAAGUUUACCUUCUACUUGACGACACCUAUGACGCCCAAAAAGGUUGCGGUGAUUAUCCUCUUCUCUUUUCACAAUUCAAGCACAAAUCCUUAACGGAUCAGAGCUGUGGAUUAUGUGUGUCAUGUUUAGAAAACAACAACUACGGAGGCGCCGACCACUAAAGUUACUGUACCUUCAACUACUACCACGGAGAAAACCACUACCCCCACAACAACAACUACAACUACAACACCAGCCCCAACUAGCACGACCACCAAGUACAGGCAUUCAUAAUUGGAUCAAAUUUUGAUAACUGUAUAACUUCAGACGUCAUCGUAGGCCUUUUGUUCCCAGACAGCCGGUACCUGUUUUCAAAGUUCAAACUUCGACCACUAUCACUACCACGCCCGCCCCUGCCUCUACACCAGCGCCCGAGACGGUUUGACAACAUGAAUGAAAGGGCAAUUGUGUUUUUUACAGCCCGUCAUAAACCGAGGACCAAUAUGGAGGAAGGGCGGUGUUAUUAUUGAUUCGACAACCACGCCGCGGCCAUUGACGACCACUAGACAAUGGACUGUCAGAGGAUUCAGAGUUAGGGUGAUUGGAACCACAACAACUACGACGGAGGCUCCGAGGACCACGGCUAGAGCCAGGGCUACUACUAGACAGACGCCAGGGACCACGACAAGAACCUGGACGACUACUACUACUACUACUACGGAAGCUCCAUCAACUACUACCAGAAUUCCAUGGUGGAGGGCCACAACUGCUAAUAGAUGGGUUGCUGGGUGAGUCCACAGUAGGAACGUGAAAAUGUCAGCCCGUAAUCUCUUGUUUUUACUUAAAAGUUCUAAACCACCCCUCAUUCUCUAAAAAACGGAAUUUCAGACAGAUAAGACGAACUCUAAGAAAUCUGAUGCUCACAUUCAAUUUCGUUCUUUAAGUAGUGCUCGAUCAGAAAUUCUGUUAAAAACAAAUGGAAAAUCGUUUUUCGAAUAAGGCCUUCUGGAAAUCCUCUUAGAAGUUAAUUUUUCGUGAGAAUUUUCUUUAUUUUCGAAGUAGUUCAUGUUCGUCUAAGAAUAGUCUUGGAAAAUCGUGUCCUGUGACGUCGAUUGAUCUUUCAGGCCGCGUCAUCCACCUCGCUUUAAUCAAAAUCAGAAUUGGAAGCAACCUAUCAGAAAGUUGCAGGAAACCGUUGGAAGAACAGUGGCACCACCGUAACCUUCCUUUUCUUGAUGUUGUAAGUACCAACUGUUUCCAGACGUGUUGACCCGAUCUCUCAACACCAACCGAAACCAGUCGUGAUCCACACCGGCAGAUAUUCCGGUCCAACUUACAAUUGCCGUGUUCUCAACCCGUUCACCGACGGACAUCCGUCAUCCGAGCACGACUCAUCCUGUAAGAUGCUUUACCCGGGAUUGUCUCUGGAUGGAACAUGCCGAUGCUUCUACAAGGUAUGUAUGUACCCUAGUUCUACAAAUAGCCAUGAGUAGGAGGGGAUGAAAGAGAGAAUCCUCAGAAAUGUGACGUGUGCUUAACAGGUGGCGGGACGAGACGAACAUGGAUGUGCGACGGGCUUCAUCUACGCGUGUCGAGACAUCGGACUGCGGAGUAUAAGUGUCUAA